AUGGAAGGCAGGACGUUCCAACACCUGACUCCGGAGCAAGUCGAGAGCUUCAUGAAGCAUGGGUAUCUGCGAAUCCCGGGCUGUUUUACGCGGGAGGUGGCAGAGGAAUGGACGAAGAACGUUUGGGUGAGGCUUGGUUUUGAUCCCAAGGACCCAGAAACCUGGACCACAGAAAGGACCAACAUGCCGUCACAUGAAGAGGUGGCGAUCAAAGACUUUGCCCCCAAAGCCUACGAUGCCAUCUGUGAGUUGAUCGGAGGAGAAGACCGAAUCACAGAGCCAUCCAAGGUAUGGAAGGACAGCUUCAUCGUCAAUCUGGGCACCAAAGAGCACUUCGGCCAGGAGGCGCACCCCAAAGAGUUGACGGGCUGGCAUGUCGACGGAGACUUCUUUGUGCAUUUUCUCGAUUCGCCAGAGCAAGGGCUGUUGGUCAUUCCCCUGUUCACGGAUAUUCUCCCCAACGGCGGCGGCACCUGGGUAUGCUCGGACGGCCCUGAGAAGAUAGGAAAGUAUCUGUACGAGCAUCCCGAAGGCGUGCUCCCACGCAUGACACCGGUCGGCGGCGGUCCCAAGAACUACGAAGACGGCCUGGAAUAUUACAACACGCUCGUACAGAGCUGCGCAGAAUCCUCAUUCCACGAGAUGACCGGCUCGGUGGGAGACGUGAUCCUCCUUCAUCCGCUGAUGCUGCAUUCGGCCUCGAAGAACGGACGCCGCCUACCGCGGAUCAUUACGAACCCGCCGGUUUCGCUCGUCGAGCCUUUCAACUUUGACAGGGAGGACGAGAGCCAAUACAGCCUUGUCGAGUUGAAGACGAUCCAAGAUAUCGGAGGACAAGGAAAGCUGCGGGGCUGGAAAAUCCAGGGCAAGAGAGCGGAGGUUGUACCAGAGAGAGUAAGACGGCAGGCAAGGAUGCUCGAGGAGGAGAAGAGGCGUCUGAAGGAGAGGGAGCUGCAAGCUGGACAGGCCCAGUUGCCGCGUCCUGUUCCUGUGGCGUAG